UAGUGAGGAAAGUAAAUAUUGGUAAGCAGUGUAUAUGGAAUUAUGGAUGGUAUAAUUCGGAUAACCGUGGUUGGCGAUGGUAAUACUGGGAAGACGUGCAUGCUUUACGCUUACAAAGACAAGAAGUACAAUGAUCAUCAUUCGUCUACUGUAUUCGACUCAUAUUCCAUGAGCAUAGAAAUCGAUGGUAAACCAAGGAGGAUGAUACUAACGGACACGGCUGGACAAGAGGAGUACGACAGGAUCAGAAUCUUGGCUUACAAAGAAUGCGAUGUGUUUGUUUUGUGCUACUCUGUGGAUUGUAGGAUAAGUUUCUUAAAUGUUAGGAACAAAUGGGCCAGGGAAUUGAUGAAGAUCAAACCGAAUUGCAGAAUCAUCUUAGCUGCCACCAAAAGCGAUUUGAGAAAAAUCUACAAUGGUUGUGUCUCAACUUCAGAAGGUUUGAGGUUGAAGAAGGAGAUCAGAGCAAACGAUUUCGUGGAAUGCUCUUCGAAACUGUUGCUGAACGUGGAUAUAGUGUUUCAGAAAGCUGUGAUCGCAGCAAUCCAUCCACAUUUUGUAAAAAAAACAAAACCGAAAAAAGAGGAAUGCGCAAUUCUCUGAAAACAACAUUUCAGAUUUCAAUAUUCAAUCGUUCACAAGUCAAGUUAAAGAGAUAAAGU